AUGGAACAAUAUGUGCUUGAAGAGCUAUUGCAACUUGUUACGCCCUAUAUUCAGAAACAAAAUACUGUAAUGAGACAAGCUAUCUCUUCUCGAGAUAGAUUAAGUGUUACACUGCGAUUUCUUGCUACUGGUAAUACAUUUCAAGAUUUAUCAUAUUCAACUCGGAUUGCUCCUAAUACACUAUCUCAGAUUAUACCUGAGACAUUAAAAGCUAUUAUAACAGUUCUUGAUAGUAAAGUAAUCGUUUGUCCAUCAACUGUAAUGGAGUGGCAAGUUGUAGCAGAUAAGUUUAAUACAUGGUGGCAGUUUCCUCAUUGCAUAGGGGCAUUGGAUGGCAAGCAUAUCAAUUUUCGACCACCAAGAAAAGAAGGAUCUAUGUAUAGGAAUUAUAAAGGAAGAGACAGUAUCGUACUUCUUGGUCUUGUGGAUGCCGAAUAUAGAUUUUUAUUUGUAGAUAUUGGAAGGAAUGGUCGCAUGCAUGAUGCUUCCGUAUUUCGUGAGAGUUCUUUGGCUACGCAAUUAUAUUCCGAAACAUUAAAUUUACCGUUACCAUCUCCUUUACCAGGAUAUGAUAUUCCUUUACCAUAUGUAAUUGUGGCAGAUGAUGCCUUUCCGUUAAAAGUACAUAUAAUGAAACCAUAUCCUGGUCGUGAUCUUACUUUUCAAAAGAAAAGUUUUAAUUAUAGACUAAGCAGAGCACGCAGAACUAUUGAAAAUGCAUUCGGUAUCUUGGCGAACAGAUUUCGUAUUCUUAUGAACAUUAUUCCCCUUUCAGUUGAAAAAGUAGAAUUAAUAACUUAUGCAUGCUGCGUGCUUCAUAAUUAUCUUAUAGACAAAAAAGUGUCAUGGUAUGUUCCAUUGGAAUUAAAGAACAGAACUGAUAUAAUACAACCAAAUUUAAGUGGCAUAUCACGACAAGGCGGAAAUCAUUGUUCAAACACAGCUAAUACAAUUAGGGAUCAAUUUUGUGAAUUCUUUAAUACGGUAGGAGCUGUACCAUGGCAAGAAAAAUAUGUACAAGAAGGACGAUGUUAA